AUGGCCGCGGGACAGCUCUCUCAGGAUGAGCUCGACGAGAUAUACGCGUUUGCGGUCGACCUCGGCCGUAAGGCUGGUGAUCUACUGAUGGAGCGCGUUGAGCAGCGCAUCGCCGGUGGUGAUAGCCCACAGACAUUCGAGGAGAAGGAGAAUGCAGUCGAUAUCGUGACCCAGACGGACGAGGAUGUCGAGGUAUUCAUCCACAAUGCCAUCCAAAGCAAAUACCCCUCACACAAGUUCGCUUCACCCCCUUUACGACCCCGUCCAACACAACUAACCAGCCCCUCCAGAUUCCUCGGCGAAGAAACCUACGCCAAGGGCCAAUCACGCGACUACCUAAUCGACGAACAACCAACCUGGUGCAUCGAUCCUCUAGAUGGAACCGUAAACUACACCCACAUCUUCCCCAUGUUCUGCGUCUCCAUCGGCUUCAUCGUCCACCACCGCCCCGUCAUCGGCGUAAUCUACGCCCCCUUCCAAGACCAACUCUUCUCCGCCUGCUCCGGCCGCGGCGCCUGGCUCAACGAGAAACGCCAGCUCCCGCUAAUCCGUAACCCCAUCCCGCCUAUGCCGGCCAAUGCGCCGUCCCAGUGUAUCUUCUCGUGCGAGUGGGGGAAGGACCGCCGCGAUAUCCCGGAUGGGAAUAUGCAUCGCAAGAUUGAGAGCUUUUUCAAUAUGGCGGCGGAGAUUGGGGCGAGGGACGGGAAGGGGGGGCAUGGUGCAUGGGGUGAGGAGGACGUGGCUGCUGGAAUUGCUAUCCUCCUUGAGGCGGGUGGACUCGUUACUACGGCUAAUCCACCAGAGGACCCUGAUACGGCACCGAUUGGAGAUGUGCGGCUGGGGAGUCGACUAUAUCUGGCCAUUAGACCCGCUGGCCCGUCAAGUACCGAGACUGGCCGCGAGUCCCAAGAGCGUACGGUGCGCGAGGUCUGGCGGCGGGUCCGCCAUCUGUCAUAUUCUCGACCCGGUGCGUAG